CAUGAUUUUUAUCAGGGAGCCAGCUUCGAUUAUAGGAAUAGUCUGCUUGAAUAAUCAAGUCCAAACACCUGAAGAUCUAGUCUAAGAUUAAUUUAGUCUCCCUAGACUAACUCUGCCGGUGCUCAGGACUGUUCCCAAAAGGGACAGCGGCCCUACUACACCGAGGGCUGAUGUUUUGGUAUGCAAGGAAGACGAGAAUGUAUAUCACACAAAACCCACAACUUCCAUAAAAAUAUCGAGUCCACUUAAUUCAAAAGCGCAUUAAGUACAGUGCGCAUGUCACCCGACAAUUAGUCAUAUUUGGAUGGAGCUUGUCACCUUUUGUGUCUGUGGUGAGUGAUGCGUGGACGCCGUUAUUAUAUAUACGGUGUUCCAUGACCACCAGGUGACAUUGUUUGUGCUGCUGUGGUCGUCAACAUGUGCCUUGUCAAGUACCACGUGCUUAUAUUCUGCUUAAUAGUAGCAGAGAGUUAUGCUUUGAAUUGUCGAUCGAGCGGAGGGCCGAAAGAAGCCGAACUGAAGAACAUUUACAAGAAAUGUUUGAAAUUGCAAGAAGGGCGUAACUCAAGCAGAGGAAACUCUGAUCAAGACUGGAAAGACUCCCGAGGUCAAAUACAGAGAAGUGACUGGGAAAGAGGUCGGAUAGGAAGUAGAGAAAAUAAAAGCAGUAGAGAUGACAGAAUGGGUGGUAAAGAUAGAAAGGGAGGCAGUAGCAUGAGGGAUAGGAAUGAUAUGAUGGGAAGAAGCGACGAUAGAAUGGAUAGGAAUGAUAACAGGAGAAACAGGGAUGAUGAUAGAAUGAGCAGUAGCAAUGAUAGAUCGGGAGGCAGAAAUAGAAUGGGCAAUCAGAAUAACAGGAAUGAUAUGGCCAAUAACCGUGACGACAGGUUUGGAAGAGAAGAUUAUUUCAACGGCAGAGAAGACUUUCCGCGAAGCGAUGAAUUUGGAGGCGGAAUGGACCAAUACAACAACUAUCACUCAACGACUCAAACACCAAGGAGGUACAAGAGGGAGAGGCGUCCAGAAAACUCUGGUCAAAGAACUCAAUACAACCCAAAUAGUCACAAAAUCUCUGGCUACGAAGACAGCUUUCGAUCUGAUGAGAGGAAUUCAACAGAGAAUAGCUCUAAUAAGGAGACGGAUAAUAAAGCUUGUGCUUUGCACUGCUUCUUGGAGAAUUUAGAGAUGACAGGGGAAGAUGGUAUGCCAGACAGAUAUCUGGUGACUCAUGCGAUCACCAAGGAUGUUAAGAACGAAGACUUGAGGGAUUUCCUACAGGAGUCCAUAGAAGAGUGCUUCCAGAUCUUGGAUAAUGAAAAUACGGAAGACAAGUGCGAGUUCUCGAAAAACCUAUUGAUAUGUUUAUCGGAGAAAGGGAGAGCUAAUUGCGACGACUGGAAAGAUGACUUGAAGUUCUAGCCAUAGACAGUGCCUUUUUAAUCACGAACCAUUGUUCUUUAUUAUAUCAAUUUUAUUUAAAAUCAGUAAUAAACUACAUAUUUGAA